CAUUCGAUCCAAAACCAACUGCUUGUUGUGUACAUUUAUUUUGCAGCAUUGCAAAGAGGGUUCACAAAAUGAGUACACAUUCUGCAAACAAUUUUCUCGACAUAGAUGGAAGCGUUUUAGAAGGGGGAGGACAAAUCCUGAGGAUGGCCCUAUGCUUUAGUGCGCUAACUAGAACGCCGGUUCGUAUUCGAAACAUUCGACAAGGACGCAAAAAACCAGGGCUCGCAGCCCAGCAUCUAGCAGGAGUGGAAUUGCUGCGUGAUAUUUGCCAGGGCCGUGUGCACAAGGCUGCUCUUGGGUCGACCGAAAUUGAAUUUUAUCCGGGACAUAUAGGCCACGGUCGCUUUGUCGGACACGUGCAGACAGCAGGAAGCGUGGCACUCCUCCUUCAAGCUGCCCUGCCGAUCGCGAUCUUUAGUUCUGGACCGAUCACAUUGGACUUACGGGGUGGAACGAAUGCAGAUAUGGCACCCCAAGUGGAUUUUCUUACUGAAAUCUUUCGGCCCAAUAUGGAACGGUUUGGUGCUAGCUUCGAUUUCGAUCUUGUAAGGAGAGGCUAUUUUCCAAAGGGAGGAGGACAUUGCGUAGUGGAAGUUAAGCCAGUACAAGCGCUGCGACCCAUUAAUCUGACCGAAUGUGGAACGAUAAAUAGAUUUUUCGGAUGGAGUUUUGUUGCCGGGGUCCUUCCUGUGAAGAUUGCCCACGAAAUGGCAAGUGGUGCAAAAUCGAUCCUAUCUAAACUCAGUUCGAGUAGGGUUGAAGUAGAAGUUUACAAAGAGAGCAUGGAAAUGGCACCGGAAGGGAAUUGCUCCGGAAUAAUCCUUGGCUGUGAAACCACUACCGGAGCCGUCCUAGGUGGUUCAGCACUUGGUGAAGCAAGAAAAAAGAGCAGCCAGAGCGGCGAAGAAGCUGCGCAGGAGAUUCGUAGUGCCAUCGAAGCGGGCGCUUGCGUGGAUCGUCAUGUGCAGGAUAUGAUGAUAAUACUGAUGGCCCUGGCCGAUGGACGCAGUCGGAUCCGCACGGAACCUUUAACGAUGCACACAAAAACGGCUAUCUACGUGACGGAGUUGAUGACGAAGGCAAAGUUUAACGUGCUUGAGGAGAAUGGUCGUAGCGUUUUGAUUGAAUGUAACGGGAUAGGAUUACGGAAUGUAAACUUACUAAAUCAUGCCGCAUCGUACUGAAGGUUCCUGGAGGAAAAAUAAACAUUCUAGCUUGUAUUAAUUCGAUCCACAUAGAA